AUGACGCAGUUCUCCGUUUCUUGUGUGGUCUUUGAAAGCACCAAGAAACUUGUAUACGUCGCAUUUCCUCUUGGACCAAUAACCUCGAGCAAGGAUCAACCAGGACUAAACCAGGGCGAUUCGACGUCACUUAGGACGAGAAAAUCGAUUUUCACGGCGCUUUCGCAAUACGCUCUUGGUCUAGGUCCUGACUCUACGCACAAUAGCCCAAAACAAGUCAAAAUUGAAAAUUUAUUUUUUUCUAAAAAAAUGGAGGAAAAGGAAGUCAUCGCCUUGGCGGAUAAACUUUUCGAUGAAAAUAAGUACAUAGAAGUGUACGAGCUUUUGAACAGGCAAAAAUUCGAGAAGAACAUCGACAUUAAAUGGCGGAUAGCUAGGAGUUUGUUUUUUGUUUUGGACAGCGAAAAAAUGAACGACAGCAUCAGGCAAAAUAUCGUGGAGGAAGCCAUGGAUAUUUUGAAUUCCAGCCUGGCUAUCGCAGAAGAUAACCCUAACAUCUACAAAUGGCUGGCCAUAAUGACAAACUACAAUUCUGGCAUCGAAGGUCUCGAAUCUCGCAUCAAAACCUACCCCUUGGUUCGCGAACACCUUCAAAAAGCUUGCGAUUUGAACCCAAACGAUUUCUGCGUUAACUACAUGCUGGGCAAGCUGUGCUACGAAUUGGCCAACUUGUCUUGGUUGCAGAAAACGAUCGCGAAGUAUUUUUUCGAGGAGCCCCCUAAAGCCACAUACGAGGAGGCCUACGCGUAUUUGGUGAAAGCCGAAGAGCUACAGCCUAGGUGCUUCAUACCGAACGUCUACUUGUUAGGGGAGUCUUGCGUCAAAUUAAAAAUGUUUUACAGAGCGAAAUAUUACUUGACUCUCGUGAUCAAUUUGUCGAAGGAAAAAGGCGAGCAGAAAUACGCGAACAAGGCCAAACAGAUCAUCGACAAGCUGGAAAAGUACGACUUGGGGAAAGACGUCCUUUUCUGCAACUACCUCAACGGCUACGGCUUCACAGACGACGUGUGA